GUCAACAUUGAAAACAAGCUGCUUCGUGUAAACGUAAAUACACUCUUGUAUAAGAAAAUUAUAUUUAUUUUCCAGAAAAAUACGAUAAAAAUGCGUGCAAAAUCGAAAAAUGAGCUCAGAUAGUUCCGAAGACGAAAACGCUCAUCUGUUAAAAGAAGCAACAGACUCCGAAUUUCUGCAAGAAAACUUGUACAACAAAGAUAAACCGAUCGAAAAGCCGAAAACCAAACUGGUGAGUUUAAGGAAGGACAUUGAAGCCGAGGAUGAGGGAAGCUUGAAAUUUUCAUCAGGAUUUCGCUCGCACGCCGAAAAACACUUAUCGAAACUACUAGAAGAGCAACUGGAUAAGCGUUUAGUAAGAGUACAAUCCGAUAAACCCAUCGAAGCUGUACAGAAAAAGGGUGGUGUACGUUUGUUCUCGAAUUCCAAAAGAUCUCUCAAAAUAGAAGACGAUUCAGAGAUUAAAAAUAAAGCGGCAAAAGUAGAUCGUCCUAAAGCAAAGAAAGCCCCCGCGACAGAGGAAGAUUUCAAACAACUGGCCGUAUCCGGCGAGGAUGUGCUCCUGAAAAAGGACACCGAACAUUGGACGAACAGCCGCAAAUCGACCGUGUUCCGCUACGACGAUGCCGGCCUCGAAUUAACCCCGAACUGAACCACCAAAUGGCCCAUCUACCGCCGGGCUUCCGCUCCAACGUGCCCCCCGACAUGCCGCAGGCGCCGCCCAAUCCCAAGAAGCGCCGCAAGAACGCGCAGGCCCAAUCGGCGGCGCCGCCGCCCCCCACCCACCAGGACCUCCUGCCGCCGCCGCCGCUCUCCGGCUACGGCGACACCAUCGUCGCCUCCAACCCCUUCGACGACUGCCCGAGCAACGUGCACGCGGGCGGCCGGCACGCCGGCCCGCCGCCCCCCAUGGGCAUGGUCGUGCCCGGCCCCGGCAUGGUGAUGGGCGGCGGGCCCGGCAUGGGCAUGUACCGGCCCAUGUGUCCGCCGAACGGGCCGCCUUCGAUGGCGAUGAUGCACAGCCCCAACGCCCACCAGAUGAACAGCUCGAUGAUGAUGAACGGGCCGCCGCGCAUGGGCCAUGGGCCGCCCCCGCACAUGAUGAACAGCCCCAAUGGGCCUAACAUGAACAUGACCGGUCCUCCGAUGCACAGUCCUUUGAUGGGCGGUCCGAUGAACGGGGGCGCCGGUGGUAACCCCGGCGGGGUGCAAAUGCAACACGGUGGACCCCCCGGUAUGAAUAUGCAAGGCGGUAACGGACCCCCCGGACCAGUAGGUUUCGCAGGUCCGCCGAUGAACAACAACAACUUUCUGAUGUCUCCGAUGGGCAACAACAUGUACGCCAAGCAAAUGCCGGUGUCGGCGGGGAAAGUGUACCCGGUGGAUCAGCCGAUGGUGUUCAACGCGCAGAAUCCGAACGCGCCGCCCAUCUACCCGUGCGGCGUCUGUCACAAGGAGGUGCACGACAACGAUCAGGCCAUUCUGUGCGAAAGCGGUUGCAACUUUUGGUUCCACAGGGGUUGUACCGGCCUGACCGAAGCGGCCUUUCAGCUACUGACGGCCGAAGUGUACGCCGAAUGGGCCUGCGACAAAUGCCUCCAUACGAAGAACAUACCGUUGGUUAAAUUCAAACCGUAGGGCUCGAUCGAACUCGAACAUACCAUUCGAACGAUUUGUAACAUCCUUUAUAUCCAUUUAUCGCGCGUUAUAUAUUUUAUCCGUCGAAUGUCCUGGCGCAUCUAGAUUCUAAGUUUGUAAAAUUUCAAUAUAGCGCUUGUUGUUUUAAACUCUCGCCGUUUUCUUCAUCGAAACGUCAAAUUGAUUGACAAGUGACAUGUCCCAUCAGUAGAAUAGAAAUCUGAGGUACAAAAUGGCGGGAUAGAAUCCGAUGCCGCGGCUAUCGACGCUCGAAUGCAUCCUGUUGACGUUCGCCGUGCUGGGCAGCGUCGAAUUGCUGGUCAGCCUGCUGGAGAACCUCGACAAGCCCGAGUCCGAUUGCACUGAGUUGAUGAAGUCCUACGCCCGGUCGCAGUUCUUCCACGACGGCCGCCUGGCCGGCGACCGCCCGCCCGCCCAGCGGCCUUAUUAUCACUGAAAAAUGCGCAAAUAAAUCGAUGAGUAUGUAAACUUUGUAGCUACAUGGUUUUAUUCGAUCGAUCUUCGUGUCCCGAGCGUUUAGAGACGAUUGUUUGAGGUUGAUUGCUUCGUGAGAAUGGCCAGUGUAUUGUUAAGUAAGAGUCAGUUUAUAGAGGUCGGUGAGUAGAUGAGGAGAUUGUCCUUCGUGUUGCGAGGGCAAUAACGGAAACAUCGUUUCAAAUUUAAUAGUAAUAAUAUUAAAAAUAAUAAUAAUAAAAAAAAACAAAAUACACUUCUUACUUAAUUCUGCGGGCUACAAACAGUUUUAUUAUCUCAUAUCGUUUAUCUAGAUUCCGGUUUGUUUUUGGGCGGUCGAAAAGUCUUUAUUUUCUUGUUGGAUUUCUUCUCUUUCGAUUUCGAACUCGAUUGGAAGUUCUGCCAGCUGUUCACCCUAUUCUGCCUCGAUUCCUGCAUAACAGAACAAUUAUUACCAAUUGGAAUCUUGUAUACAGGACGUCCCGCACAAAGGACACCCGGUUCGUGCGAACCUCGAAAUUCUUCUGCCACUCCUUCUGCGCUUUGGCCGUUUCCUCCUCCUCGAUUUCCUGUUCGCGCUUGCGCUUCCUCUCCUCCUGGUCGCGGCCGGCCAGUUCGCGGCGCUUCCGCUCCAUGUCGGCGAACAGUUUCAUCGUCAUCACGUACACCGAGUGCUUGUACUGGCCCGGAUCGUCCUCCGGUAUCGACUCCUUACCCUCCUUCUUCGCCUUCUUCCUCUUCUCCGUCAACUACAAAGUCUCCG